AUGGACUGCCCGGUCACUACAGAUGGCGAUUAUAUCAACUCUCAUGUGACAGGGUUUCCAACCGACGAGGACGACAACCAGCGAGUCGGAGGCCUCGCCUCCAUGCCUGUCACCAACGGCGUGCGGUACCACGCACAGCAGACGAUGCAAGACUUACAUUAUCCCGGCUCUUCUGCUCUUGCUAUGACACCUCCUGAUUCAGGCUCCGGUAUGGCUUUUCCCUUCAGUGGCAACUUAGACGUUGGCCCCGGCGCUGAUCCGACGUGCUAUUUAAUAGAUUCCUUCUCACCAACCUCUGGCCCUCUCUUCCCUUACCUGUCUCAGCAACAACACCCAUUUGACCGCAUGACAGAGUUCCGACGUGGUCUAUCACUACAACCUCCAGUUGGCAUGUCAACCACAAUGCAAGCGCCAUCUCAUGGCGUCAGUUCUAUUCCGGCUCUAAUGGGACGGAAUAACGCCUAUUCCUCAUCUUAUGCCUUACCCCGAGGCAUAGGGCUGCCCUUGGCGGGAGUGAAUGAUGUUUCCCGCUCUCACUCGUAUCCCAGUGCUCCUCGAGCCCUAGAGGGGGGUUUUGAUCGCUCACAGACCAUGUUCCAGCAGCCUAUGGUAGAAACCCCACAGCGAUCUCCAGCACAAGUCGAAGCCCCACCAUUUGACGAGACUAAUAUCCUCGAGUCCAUCGUGGCCGAUUAUGGCGGUAACCAGACAAUUGUCAAACCCGAGAUUCACGCAAAGAUCGGUCGAGGCUUUUUCGCAUCUGACGGUAAAUGGACAUGCUACCGCCGCAAUUACUUCGCCGUAACUUGCAGCUUUACUCUCGCACCAUGGCCUGCAACCGUACCUCUUUACGUUCGACACGAAAAUGGCCAUCUAGCACCAAUCAGAGGAUUUCAAAUGUCCAUUUCAGCAAUUGUAAAUGAACAAUACGGAGACACACGAGAACUUGUCCAACACACACCAAAGCGUGACAAGCAAUCAGAACGAAAACCAGGCCCAGUAGCUUUGCAGCCUUCGCCACCCCCUUCCCUGGCUGCAGGCACAACCGGAAAUGGCACACACUCCACCUUCUCCCUCAACUCGCAGUCUCUGGAUUACCAUUCGUCAUUCUCGGGCGCGCCUCAGCCCUGUCAGCCCCCCACAUCGACUAUGUUCGAGCGAAUCCAGUUUCAGAAAGCAACCGCUAAUAACGGCAAGCGCCGCGCCCAGCAGCAAUACUACAACCUCGUGGUGGAGCUUCAUGCAGAAGUCUCGGAUCCAGUGACUGGGGAAUUUGAGCCGAUUAUCAUUGCCCGCCGCCACUCACACCGGAUGGUUGUACGGGGCCGUUCUCCAGGUCAUUACAAGGACGGACGGCGUGACAGUACAGCGAGCAUGGGACCCGAUGGAAGUGCCGGGGAUGGGAAUGGUGGUUUGCCUCAUGCAAUGGGACCGUCCGCACGUUCACAUCUUCUGAUGUACGACUCUGCCCACCGUGGUUCACUUCCGUAUGGAAGAACGGAUUAUCGUCAAAUACCUACUGCGGAGCACUCUCCUUUGAGCGAUAGUCCUCUUGUUUCGUCAUCGUCUUCUUCCGGCUUUGACUACUCCAUGAUUAAUGAUACUAUGGACCCGAUGGAUACGCUGAAAACCGACCCUUAUCAAGACUCAGUGUUUGCUGGUGUUCCGCACCAUCGUUCUAGUACGGGAGGUUACGACCCAGUUUACUCGACCUAUGGCCGUUAUGAUCCAAUUCAGAACUCGCAUAGCCUAUGCACCUGA